UUUCUAGGUGGGCAGAACACAAUGUCUCUAUAACUAGGAAGGACGUGUGCCAGUUUCUUUUUAUUACAGGAAGGGAGGCUGUGCAAGUUAUCUAGAAGAGGAAAAUUUGAAAAGCCAUCAUGUCCUCCACACGUGGUGAUCCCAAUCAUAUCCCUUGUACUGGUGCCUCCCCUGAAACUGGCCGUCAAGAUGGGCAAAAUAUUUCAGGAAUAAUAGCAUCUGAAAAACUAGCAGAAACAGAUCUGAAAAGAGUAAACUCUUACAAGGAGAAGAUCAUGUCUGUGUCCAGGAAAACGGGUGUGGACGCAGCUAUAAUUGCAGCAAUCAUGUCUCGUGAAUCACGUGCUGGCAAUGCUUUGGACGCUAAUAAAUGGGGUGAUCAUGGCAAUGCUUUUGGCCUGAUGCAGAUCGACAAAAGGUGGCAUUGUCCACGAGGAGCAUGGGACAGUGAAGAGCAUAUUUUACAGGCCACAGAAAUACUGACUUCCAUGUUUGAUGCAAUCAAGCAAAAAUUUCCAAGCUGGUCAACAAACCAGGUUAUGAAAGGUGCUAUUUCUGCAUACAACGCUGGUCCAGGGAACGUCAACAGUUUUGAUGCAAUUGACAGUCGUACAACUGGGAAGGACUACUCGAAUGAUUGUGUUGCACGGGCAAAGUUUUACAAAAGAAACGGAUUAUAAAGUCCAUGCUGUUGGCAUCUAACAUUAAUACUCUACAACACAUUAAUAAACAAAUUAUAAAACAAAUUGGCAAAAAUAAA